AUGACACAGCUGUUCAACUCAAACCCUGAGGGCCUCAACAGCGAGAACUUCAUUUCGUUUGCUACCAAGGUUUGCGGCUACCCUUCCUUCCUGGCCCCAACGCUCUUCGAGAAGCUUGCGGGCGAUGAGACGAAAGCGCGUCUCUUUGACCUCUUGAAGGGUCAGGGAUCGAACUACGUGACCCGCGAGGACUGGAUGAAGCACCUUCGUUUCUUGCUCGACACUCACCCUGGACUUGACUUCCUUAAGGGAACCCCAGAGUUCCAAGAUAGAUACUUGGAGUGUGUCGUGGAGAGGAUCUUCUACGUCAACAAUCGAGCUGAGAAUGACAAGAUGACACAACUGGACUUUGUCAAGUCCAACCUCGUCAAAGUUCUCAAGUACGUGGACGAGGAGCCGGACAUCAACAAGGUGCUGGACUACUUCUCGUAUGAGCAUUUCUACGUCCUCUACUGCAAGUUCUGGGAACUUGACAACGAUCACGAUUUCCUUUUGGAUAGAGAUGACCUGGUCAAGCUCUCCAACUACGCCUUGACAUAUCGCAUCGUCGAUCGGAUCUUCUCGGGAGCUUGCAAGCCGUUGUCAUCGGGGACUCCGGACAAGCUGGGGUAUCAGGAUUUCAUAUGGCUGCUCCUAUCGGAAGAGGACAAGCACUCUGAGACUGCAAUCCGGUACUGGUUCAGGGGGAUCGACCUCGACGGAGAUGGAUACAUCACCCCACAUGAGAUGGAAUAUUUCUACAAGGAGCAGCUGCAUCGCAUGGACUGCUUGGCGCAAGAAGUCGUGCAGUUUGAAGACAUCCUGUGCCAGAUGACCGACAUGGUCAAGCCGGCGAGGGAGGGAUACAUCUCGAUGCUGGACCUCAAGCGCUGCAAGCAGCCGGGAGUCUUCUUCAACGUGCUGUUCAACCUCACCAAGUUCAUCCAGUACGAUCAGAAGGAUCCUGGUCAAAUCUUCAACGAGCGAGCGACGCCCGAGCUCACUGACUGGGAUCGCUACGCCAAGAUUGAGUAUGCGAGGUAA